AUACCCCUCAUUAUUAUUUUGUUUUGAUUCGUAAAAAUCUAAAAUAAAACCGGAAAAUAAUUUUUCUCUGAGUAUAAUUGAGUUAAAAAGUGAUUAAAAGCCAUAUUCACACAAAAUAGAGGAUAAAGAAUAAUUUAACAUACGGAAAUAUGUCUUUCGUCAGAGGACUUGUGCAAAAUUUAUUCAAUCCCAUAGUGAUUCCAGUACGAACACGUUAUUAUGCUAGUAAAAUCGCUAAAGGUCCAUUAAUAAAACGAUAUGGAUACAAAGAUGACAUUAUUCACAAAGGAUUAUUACCAAGACUUAAUUGUGGUCAGAAAUUACCUAUACCAGUUUAUAAACCGAAAAACGCUUGGGCUGAAAAAAGAGCUUUAAUGGGACAAAAUGACUACAUUGACAUAUUGGGAAAUGACAAUCUUCAUCCAACUCGUGUACUUUAUUCUGUUCCUUCCUGGCUUCGGGGUGUUGGUGGAAAUGAAUUUCAAGUUCUGUUGCGUAAAAGGAAAAUAAUGAGGAAUGCUGGUUUUCCAGAGAAGAGACCAACCAAAUGGAAUGAGUUGGAAAAACGUAUAAGCUUCCUUUACAAAUACCUCAAUCGUAAAACAAGAACUGGAUUCUCAGCAAAACAAUAAAAAUAAUUAAAGGAGUGAAAUUAGCAUUAUCAGUAAUAAAAAAAAGAAAACUUUCUUGAUUGAA